GCUUGCAGGGCACUUAUAGCGGUGCUAGCCAAUUUUCUGUAAUAUUUUAUAAAUUGACUACUUUACUGUUAAGUUUCCUGUGUUAGCUAUAAGUACAAAUAUAAAAUUCGCACUUACUUCAGCCAUGAAUAUCGCCAUUCAAGGUAUUCCACGUAAGUGGAGCCUGAAGCAGGUUCGGGACCAUAUCAUGCACGAUAUCCCUUGUCAAUUCAAGACACUGUUUUUUAACUUCGAAAACAAGUUCAAGAAGACUGUUUUUAUAGAACUACUAUCUGCUCAGUAUGACCGAGUACAGAUCGUAAGAUUGAUUAACAGGAAUCCGGAUACUAAGCAGUUGCGCUUAAAAGCCAUCAUACCAAAAUAUGUGUCUCAAGCACAUGUGGCUGCAAGUGCCAGUGGCAAACUUAAAGUCAAUAAGAAGGGCGCGCCUAAAAAGCGCCCUGGGGCCGUUGUGACCGGAUCUGAUCAGAUAUUGAUAGUCACGCACAAGGAGAUAAUGACGGAACUGCAGUCAAAGUACACUCGGCUGUAUAACCUCAGCAGAAAAUCGCCGGGCAACAAGCUUCUCGAAAAUAUAGCCAGGAUAAUAUUCGAGCGCCUCAAAUCCAUAAUGGAGACGAACCCGGAAGUGUCCACAACUUGCUUCAAACUGAGCGGAUACUACCGGAAGCUGCAUCCCCACUUCGGGGACUUCCAAAUGGUCCUGUCCACGCUGCACAAGCUGCAAGAUGAACACGUGUUGCCAAGGACCCAAAUUGCAGAGAAUGAUCUGAUUGUCGUCAGCUCACAGUUGCACAUGAUUGACAACAUCCCUUUCGAUAAAAUUAAAUCGGUGACGGACAAAUACUCUAACAAGAUCACUAAGAAGAUUUUGGAGCACGUCAGAAAACUAGACACGGAGUCCCAUCAGAUGGACACCCCCGAGGACGCCGCGAGGAAGAAAGUGCGCCUGGAGCUUAAAAACAUGGCGUUACACUUGCCUUCUAUUAUCAAACAAGUAAUCCAAAGACGCCUGACGCCGGAGAAAGCACCGUUCCAUAGAGUUCGGAUCUAUGGAGAGCCGUUCCUGCCCUCCAAAGACAUGAUGAUGCCGUUCACGCGCCGUUACAAGGCCGUUCACGUCCAACGCUCAGAUCGCAUGUACAACCUGAUCAAGAUGAACAUUCCACCCCCUAGUUAUAGCAGUCUUAUGGCUAUGGACGGGAAAAACAUAGGCACCGCCAAGCUGAUGAUCCGUUCCUCCGAAAUACCCCUCUACAAAAUACCGGACACGCUCAUAGCGGAAAUGAAGGCGUACUUCGGCGUCGACCACGACCCGAGCCAAGAUAACUUUGAGGAACAAGGCGAAGAUGUUUAACCCUUCUACCGCCAAAAAAGUCAACUGACGUGCGCUGCUACAGCCCAAUAUCAACCUUCGUGCAUUCCAGCAAGGUUC